CACGUGACUGAGUUAGCAAUUUCUCAAACUUUCAUAUGCAACAGAUAUCAACAUAAUCAAAAGAUAAAGUCUAACUAAAUGUUGAUCUUCUCAUAAAUUCGACAGGAGUGCUAUCUGAAGGGCUCAGCUGGUGGCAGGGCAAUGAAUGUGAUACACUUAGAAGACAGAGUUUCAGGCUACACCCUUAAAGACUGCGAGGAAAAAGGAAAGAAAACUGUAAGCAUGGUGAAGAUGUUUCUGAAAGUACCUCCAGGAGUUGAUCUUAAUGACCCUCUGGUGAAAGAGCAAAUUCUCAGACAGAUACAGGCAGAGAUCACCAAGAGAGAUGGAGGUGCAUCUGUGCGAUGGAAGGAGCAGCCGAAUGGCAAAGUCUUCCAGAAGAAAGAGAAAGAGGAGAAAAAGAACGAAGGACAGUGUGUAAAGAAAUCACAGGAAUGCUGA